AUGCUUCGCAGCGGCAAUACAACAACGAUACUUUGCGAGGAGCAAACUAAAUUCAUCCUCGACCGCAUCAGCACGGUGGAGAAACAUUUCGGCGAGCUGUGCGGUGCCCUGGCAGAGUACACACGCAAGAUAGCCCGGAUGCGUGACAAAACGGACGAACUGGCGCACACGACACAGGAUUACUGCGAUGCAGAAAAGUUAAACCCGACGCUUGGCGGGGCACUUUCCAGCAUGGCUAAAGCGAUAACGCUGAUGGGCGAUUUUCAUGAUACGCGUGUCAAGCGAUUGGAAACGAAAAUUGUGGCCGAACUGUCCCAGUACGAAGCGGUCUGCAAGCACUGCAAGGAGGACGUGAAGGAAGCGCUACUGGUGCGGGAGAAAGAUUUGGCCAGGAGGAAGCAACUUGAACAGAGUAAAAGUCGCAACGGACGGUUGAAGCGAAAUACGAAUGAUACGGAACUCAUCAAAUCGAAUCUGGAGGUGGAAAAGUCGCUGAAAGAGAUCGAACAUCAGGUCGAACGGUUCGAGAAGCAGAAGUUGCACGACUUGAAGGAAUUACUGCAGAGCUUUGUGUUGAUCGAGCUGAAGAUGCACACGCAAGCGGUGGAAGUCCUUUCCGCUACGUACCAGGACAUUAGCGAAAUAGACGAGGCGAAAGAUCUACAGACUGUACGCAAGGAAUUAAAGAGACAAAAUCGGCAAUUCAAGAAAAUUCUCCAACAAGACACCGUCCCAGAUCGUUACUUUCUUCAGCGCAUCAAGAGCCAAUCCAUGGGUGCGCUUAAUGCAACGCUGGCCGGAUUUAAUGCCAGUCGUAAGAAUAAAAGCUUAAGCUCGAACUCACUCAAUUCGUCCCAGGAACAGGAGCAAGAAAUAGGUGCGGAAUCAAUCGAACAGCAGCACACACAACGGAAGGUUAUAACUGCAAGACGCUCCAACAAAACUUCGGUACAAUCGGUCGAAUCGUUGGAUUCUUUAAAGCGUGACCUAUCGUCGGCGUCGAGCACCACAUCCGAAGACGACGACAGCGAGGACAGUGAAACGCUAACGGAUGAACAGUCGGACCCUUUGGUAAAACCGUCUAAAGUGAACAUUUUGAGUGACCACACGAAGAAGAGUCAGAGCAACAAUAUUCUGGGGUCUUUACGGAAGUAUCGAACGAUAGAUACGAUCAAAGUGAAUCAAUACUACGUAGAAAAGUUACAGAAACGUUCCCUAGCGACCAGUCCUGUUGAAUCGAACCAAACUCUGUUAGGUACGGUGACCGUUACUAGCAAGCUGUAUUCCAUUUGCUGCUGGUUACAAGCAAUAACUUGCGGAAUUAUACGGUUACUAUGGUUAAAUGGUAACAGUUCCCUGGUUACUACUUACGUGCCUUUUAAACAUUGA